AUGGAAGCAGCCAUUACAUACAAGAAGAACAACCCAUCCGAGAGCCUGCGUAAAGUGGCAGCUCGGUUCAACAUCUCUCAUGUCACUCUCCACGAUCGACUCAAUGAGACACAUCUCCCAUCCGGUAUUCGCACUGUCCGUCGUCUCUCUGUCAUCCAGGCGGAGGCUAUAUUGGCAAAGAUCAACCAAUAUGCAUACCGAGGUACUCUCCUAACUCCAAGACAUGUUCGACACUUCGCACAAUCCUUGUCCACUGCAACUCUUGGUAUCAACUGGACUUCAACUUUCCUCAGCCGUCAUCGCGAUCGAGUUUCGUCAAAUUCUACCGUAAAAGAAACACUUGAGACUGGUGAUUUUCAACCUGAAAACAUCUAUAAUGUCAAUGAGUCUCAAGCUGCGCUGUCAGAUGCCAUACAUAUCACCGUUGUCGCUACCAUCUCCACCUCUGACACACCUGUCCCUCCCUUCAUCAUCUACCCUGGGACAUACCUCAUGCAAGAUUGGACAAGAGUCCGUGAUCCUACUCCCAACCAGCUGGCUACCGUCACCAAUAGCGGCUACAUCAACACUUAUACAAUGCAGCAAUGGCUUACGGAGUGCUUCCAUCCCUUCACCCGUGAUCGUGCGGCCGGGAACCCUCGUCUCCUGAUUUUGGACGGUCAUGAGACUCAUACAAACAUCGACUUCUUGGACGCUUGUUGGGACAGGAACAUCAUCUGCCUUAUCCUCCCUGCUCACUUGUCUGGUGUCUUUCAACCACUUGAUGUCAACUUCUUUAACGAUCUCAAGCUCAGAUACUACGAAGAGAUCAGCGACUAUCAGCUUGGAUCUGAGUCUCAUGGUGCGGCAAAAGGCUUUUUCUACCGAUGGCAUCAGCGAGCCUGGACCAAAACCGCCAACAAUCGACAGAUCCGAUCGGCGUGGGCUGAAUCUCACCUCUAUCCUAUUGGCCGUGUAUACCAUGCCCUACAGGCAGAUCAGUGA